AAGUGAAAGUAAAAUCCGAUGCCUUCCGAUGGCUUUGCUUGUACUUUCGGAAUGAUGAAGUUCGAAAUCACGCACAUUUGACGGAGCUAUUAAAGACGUAAAUCAUGUCAGAAGAAUCAUCAACUCCAUCAAAUGAGCAAAAUGCUGCAUCUGAAGAGUCUCAAUGUGAAGACACAGAAAAAAGCCAAGUAAAUGUAGCAGAGAAAACCACAGACACACCCACAGAGAAACCCACAGACACACCCACAGAAACAGCCAACCAAUCAGAUGGGGGAACAGAGACAACUAAAAAGUCCAAAAUUCCAGUUAAAGAAAUAUUUGAGCCGGGUGAUUUAGCAAAGUGGGAAAAGUCAGAGGCAUACAGAGACUUAGUUGGAUUCAUCACUGCCAUUAAUGAGGCUGUGAAGGGAAAGAAGAUAACAGAUCCUUACCCUGUCUCACAGACAAUAGAGAAGCUUCUUGUCAUGUUGGACAAAAUGUCGUCAUGGAUUGACGAGAUUCCCCCAGUCGAUCAACCACAGAGAUUUGGAAACAAAGCUUUCAGGGAUUUCUUCAAAAGAUUAAAAGAGAAUGCAGAGACUCUAGUUAGGGAAGCUAUUGGUGAUAAAUUUGAUGACUUUAUCCCAGAAAUCUCAGUGUAUCUCAUAGAGUCUAUAGGAAAUGACACAAGAAUAGAUUAUGGUUCAGGACAUGAGCUAGCCUUUGCAGCCUUUCUGUGUUGUUUGUUUAAAAUUGAAGCCUUAACAGAACAAGAUGCUACAGCAGCAGCACUUAAGGUGUUUGAGAGGUACUUACAAUUUGUCAGGAAGUUACAGACAGUGUACAGGAUGGAGCCAGCAGGAAGUCACGGCGUCUGGAGCCUGGAUGACUUCCAGUUCCUCCCGUUUCUGUGGGGAAGUUCUCAACUGUUAGGGCAUAGAAGAAUUUUACCCAAAUCCUUUGUGAAUCCUGACAUUUAUGAAACCUUUGCUAAAGACUAUAUGUUUCUAGGAUGUAUUAAAUAUAUUAAUCAGGUCAAAACAGGACCAUUUGCUGAACAUUCAAACCAGCUCUGGAACAUCAGUGGUGUGCCAAAUUGGGAAAAAGUCAAUUCAGGCUUCAUAAAAAUGUACAAAGUUGAGGUGCUUGGUAAAUGUCCUGUAGUCCAGCAUUUUCUGUUUGGAAACCUUCUGUCCAUUAAACCUGCUACGUGACAAGAUGCUACAUAUGACAGCUUUUUGCCUCUUUAGUCUUUAUAGCAUUUAAAUGUUCAUAAUUAUUUAUAAAUCAGGAAAUUAUAAUUGAUAUACAGACUCUGCAUAACUUUUUGAUCCAUGUCAUCACAACUACUGUGGGUUUUUUUUAUUAUGUAUCAACGUGCAUUAAUAUAUAAUUACCGGUAUACAUGUUCAUGUAUAAGAAGAUUGAGUCUUACAAAAUAAUCUAUUCAGUGUUGCUUACAUAUGUGUAUAUGAACUGCAAUUUAUUAAAUAGUAAAUUUUGCUUACAAUGUUUUUUGUGUGUAAGAAUCUCGGUGGAUUAGGCGAGUCAUAUGCCUACGCAAGUGCGGGUAAAAUAUUGAUUAAAAAAUUCUUGCAAAUUCAACUUUUUGUUAAAUUUGGGAGUUAUUUAUAACCAUAUGCAUACAGUAAAGAUAAAACCUGAAUCAAAUGACUUACAAAUUGAUUGUAAUUAACCCACCAAAAUGGUAACAUGCUUUAAAAAACAUAAAAAUGAUAGAAAUGGAAUGUAAAAACUGUGUGUUUUAUAUAGAGUGGGUCUUCGUACCAUUUUUUCGUAAACAAUAUUGAAAGGGUGUGGAAGGAUGUAUCUCUCACCAUUUUCCCAACCCCUGAAAACAUAUUUGAUAGAACAAUAAUUAACACGCAGUAUGAAAAGCAUCACGUUAAAAAAUACUAUAACGAUAACUGCAAGGUUUUAAAAUAUAGAUAUUGUCAUUUGGACAGUGCUGUACAAAGUUUAAAUGUUUAGGUAAAUCAUAUCGUACAACUAUGAAAUUUCCGAUAUACUUACAGAGCGACAAAAUCCGUGUGGGCAUAUGACUCGCCUAAUCCCCCCAGAUUCUUUCUACUUGCAAAACAUUAUUUUACUCUAUGCAAUAAAACUUGGGAAUAGUACAGUC